UUAUAUAGGGAGGGGGAGGCUGCUUCCUCCCUGCACAUCCUUCUGUCUGCUGCACUGGGGGGAAAUCCUGCGACAAUGUGGCACUCGCUCGCCCUCCUCUGUAUUUUGGCCUCUUUCGCCAGCUCCCGCAAUGUCCCUCAUUUCAAGCCUCUGUCCAGUGACAUGGUCAACUACAUUAACAAGUUAAAUACUACAUGGAAGGCCGGACAUAAUUUUCCAAAUGGUGACAUUAGUUAUGUGAAGAGACUCUGCGGAACAAUGCUUGGCGGCGGGAGUAAGAAGCUGCCGGUCAGGUAUUUCUUUGCUGAAAAGAUGGACCUGCCGGAGAACUUUGACUCCCGGGAAGCUUGGCCAAACUGUCCUACAAUCAAGGAGAUUAGAGACCAAGGUUCCUGUGGAUCCUGCUGGGCGUUUGGGGCAGUGGAGGCCAUCUCAGAUCGUGUCUGUGUGCACUCUAAUGGAAAGCUGAAUGUGGAGGUGUCUGCAGAAGAUCUUCUGUCUUGUUGCGGGAUUGAGUGUGGAAUGGGCUGUAAUGGAGGAUACCCAUCCGGGGCAUGGAGCUUCUGGACAGAGAAGGGUCUUGUAUCUGGGGGCCUGUAUGAUUCUCAUCUUGGCUGCAGACCAUACUCCAUCCCCCCAUGUGAGCACCACGUCAAUGGCUCCCGUCCGUCAUGUAAGGGGGAGGAAGGCGAUACUCCAAAAUGUAUGAAGAAGUGCGAGGAUGGCUACGCUCCCGACUACAGCAAAGACAAGCACUUUGGUUCUGAUUCCUACAGUGUCCCAAGUAGCCCACAAGAGAUCAUGGCGGAGAUCUACAAGAAUGGUCCAGUAGAGGGUGCUUUCUUGGUGUAUGAGGACUUUCCUACAUACAAGUCAGGAGUCUACCGCCACGUCACCGGUGAGGAGCUUGGAGGACACGCUAUUAAGAUCCUGGGAUGGGGUGUGGAGAACGGAACGCCAUACUGGCUGUGCGCCAACUCCUGGAAUAAUGACUGGGGUGAUAAAGGUUUCUUCAAAAUUCUUCGUGGAGAAGACCACUGCGGGAUAGAGUCUGAAGUUGUUGGAGGAAUUCCAAAAUAAUGUUCCAUCAAUAGGACACACGAAGAGUAGUUGAAGGCUUGUCUUAACGGAAAAAGUUUUAGCCAAAAAUGGAUUUUUUUUUUAAAAUCAGAUAUUACAUUAUUUUACUGAAUAUUUUCAAAGACUGGAUGGGGGUGUAGUUGGGAGAUGUCUGGAUCCAACCAUCUGGUGAAAUAAUGAUAGACUGCCUUUGUCUGGGGCUUGUGUAUUUGAAUAAAGCCAUGGACACAAAGACAAUUUAUAUCUCUAGAUUUCAGGUUUAGUGGAAAAAUAAUAAUCUGGCCUCAUGUAUCAAAGUGUUCAAAAACUGGUAGUAAAUGUGAAUAAGAUCAAAAUUCUGUACAGAUUUAAUAUUCUUAUUUGACUGAGACCCCUAUUUUUGCUACCCUAAGCCACCACUAGAGGGAGCUUCACAGAUUACUGCAUACUGUUUAUACAACAAACUUUAAUGGCAUGCAGUGAGCUGCCCCUAGUGGUGCCUGCAGGAAAGCAGAAUUCUAUCAUUUUUACUUUAUAUAUAGGGAUUCUGGAGGUCUAUAUCACAAAAUAUGCAAUCUGAUGUUAAAUCUGUCCAGAACUUUGGACCUAAAAUGACCUUGUGUGGACGUUCACUUUAAGGGGCUCAUGUCAACCCAUUGAACUUGAGUUUUCAUUUUCCAAAAAGCGAUUGAACAAUAAAAGCAGAGCUCUGAUUGGUUCCUCUGGGCAAUAAUCACUCACUACCCCUAAGAGCAGGAUAUUAUGGACAACCAGGUACUUUUAUAGCCUUGAUACAUGAAACCAGAAUAAAGUUGCUGCUGGAAAGUUUUU